AUGGAAGAAGACUCCCAGUUAUCUCAAGACUCGACGACACUAUCAGGAAAUACUGCUACUUCUUCCAUAACGACAUCUCUAAGCAAAAAACGGCAGAGAAGACCACCGAAACCCAGAGAUGAUCUUCUCCGUACAAUCAAUGAAAAGUUGCAUCAGCCAAUACAAAGUGCGCGUAAAAAGGAUAGAUUUGAUAUUUUUGGGGAUAAUGUAGCCGUGAAAUUAAGAGCUCUUCCCGAUAAUCAAAGAAUCAUGAAUGAAAAACUAAUUAAUGACGUGUUAUUUGAAGCUGAAAGCAAUUCCUUAUUCAGAGGAUGGCAAUUGACACCACCAAGUAAUUUUAAUAAUCAGCAUCAGCGCUCCGCUACUGUUUAUUUAGAAUUACAACCCCUGCGUAGUAUCUAUGCAGAACUUUCCGCAUCUCAGUUAUUUUCGACUUUUAACGAUACUGCUUAUUAG